CCCGGUAGGCUUUGCUGCUACACCCGCUGAAGAAAAAUAAAGUGGUAGAUUCCAGCAGAUAAACUAAACAACAACUCCACUUCCCUCGCUCUUGUGUUUCAUACACAGUGAGUAGCACAGGAGGUUGUCAUUACUUCAGUGCGGUGUUGUGUGUUUGUGCUGGGACUCACCUCUGUGUGAAGUGGUACAGUCCCGUUAGUCGCAGUCUGAGUCCUGUUUGCUGCAGCUGCAGUUAGCGGACAGCGAGAUGACCAACAUGCGGACAAACUGCACUUUACCAUAAAACGGACAACAUAAUGAACGUUUACCAGCUGGCUGUUUUACUGGGAGCAUCAUUGUGUGUCUGUGAUGGCGUCCAUGUCACAGUGCGGGAGAAGCAGCGGUUUGCGAUGCUCUUCCAGUCCGUGGUCCUCCCGUGUCAGUACCAGACGGCCUCCACCCAGACCCCAGUGGUGCAGUGGUGGUACAAGUCCUACUGUCGAGACCGCACGCGGGAGUCCUUCACCCUGUCGAGAGAGAGUCUGGGCAUCCCGGCCUCCGAGCUGGGCGCCAAGUCCCACCUGGAAUGUUCGGACAGCAGCCGCACGGUUCGGGUCGUGGCGUCAGCACAGGGAGCCUCCAUGACUCUGGCUGAGCACUACAAAGGCAGAGACAUCUCCAUCAUAAACAAAGCAGACCUGAGGAUCGGGGAGCUGCAGUGGGGCGACAGUGGAGUGUACUUCUGUAAAGUCAUCAUUGCUGACGAUCUGGAGGGGAGGAAUGAGGGCCAGGUGGAGUUAUUAGUGUUAGGCAAGACAGGUCUGCGGGGCGAUAUCCUACCUGAGUUUGAUGUGGAGAUUAUGUCAGAGGGGGUGUUUGUCGGAUCUGUAGUCCUGGGCAGCAUCUUGUUCCUGUUGUUUUUAGGGAUCUGCUGGUGCCAGUGUUGUCCUCACUCCUGCUGCUGCUACGUCCGCUGCUGCUGCUGUCCUGACACUUGCUGCUGUCCGCGACACUUGUAUGAGGCAGGGAAGAUGGCGAAGAGUGGACAACCGUCCCAGGUUCCUGUGUAUCCCUACUACAUCCCUACUGUCCCUACUGUGGUCCCUCUUGCUCCCUCAUCCCACAUGGACCCAAAAAUCUCCUCUAUCCCUUCACUGGAGAAUAACCUGGCUGGAGUGCGCAGUGGUUAUCGACUGAAAGCAAGUCCAGACCAGGACUCAAUGAAAGUCCUGUACUACAUAGAGAAGGAGCUGGCUCAGGUUCCCUCUGCCAAGAUGGCUGCACUCAAACCCAGUAGCCUGUCAGAGCUGAGCUCUCUGCAUGAUGGAGGCACCUCAGACUUCAGACACACCUAUCAGACGGUCCAGAUGAAGGCGCUCCCGCCCAUCACAGAUCUCGAUGACCAGUCAGUGGUGAGAGCAGCUCCACCUACGAUGAGCCGGAGGCCCAGACGGGACAGAGGAAACCUCUCAGACGAUGAACUAGACAGAAGGUGGAACCCUCGCUCAGAGCACCUGAAGAGAAAGACGCUUGGCAGAAGAGGACGCACAGGCUCACUGGACGAGCUGGAGGAAUUUGCUCGAUCUUACGGUUCCCGUGGCCGACGGGCUGAGCCUCCGGACCGGGCCUACGAUCGGGAUUACAGCCCUCCCAGGCGUUUCUACAGAGAUGAUGAUGAUGGCUGGGGGCGCCGCAGCCCCUCGCCUUUACCACAAAAGAGAAGGGACACGUGGGACAGCGAUCGCCCCUCCCGGCUGCCUCAAAGCAGAGGAUAUGACGCCACCUUCCUCAACAGUGUGCUGGAGAGCAAGGCGAGGGGGCGGGGAGGGGACAGAGGUGCCGGGAGGGUGGACGAGGACAGUGACACCCCCUCCAAAGGCAGCUCCAGAGGAAAGGGCAGUGAUAGUUACUACAGCCGGUCGCCUAGCAACCGUCCAGAAGAGGAGGACCCUUUGCCUCCGUACUCUGAGCGGGAGGCAGAGCGGUACCGCAGAGGUGACCCAACUGCAGACCGGUACCACACCACAGAUCCUCCCAGGUCGGAGAGAUACAGGACCACUGAACCAGCCACGAGGCCUUUCUCUUACACUCGACCCCACCAGGGAAUGUCCCAUACACUACAGGGGGCCAGAGAGGAGAGAGACAGGAGCCGAAACCUGAGCACUGCACUGAGCAGGGACUCUCUCAUAGUGUGACAAGGUUUCCCAGCCUCCGCCCGCGCACAGCACUGCCAGUCUGUUCAUUUAAACCGUCCUGUCGCUGCGCAGGAGGGAAUAACUGUUCUACCAUCAGCCGCAUGAAGUCUGACUCAUCUCACUGAAAUAACUGCACUGAAAAACAACGUUAGUGGACGGAAAACGAACACGAAGCAGCAUGUGCAGUCGUUUCUAUUAGCACAUGACGUUUUUUACUCGUGCAUGAAUUAUACCUGUGUAUUUUUGCAUGUGUGGUCGACAGAUGGUAUGUAUGUGGUGUGUGCAUCUGUUCAAUUUGAUGAGUUGAGUGACUGGAUUUACUUUAUACCAGUGCCAAAAUGUGUCUUUUUUCAAUUGUCUGCCAAUUUUGAGAAUGAUCUUUUGUAAACUAAGCAGGACACUACAGUCUUAUUAUUUCCCCACAGUCUUCAUACUCAGUACACUGCAGCUCAGGUUCACUUUGUAUUGGUGUGUUUUUCUGUUGUUGAUAUUGUACUGUAUGUAAGUGCUGUACCUUGAAUUUGCUCUGCAGAUUUUAAUUGCACUGCUUAAAUACUUUUUGAAUAAAAAAAAAAAGUCUGCUGAA